AUGCGUACCUACGACGACUCCUUCUCCGGCCAGAAGAUCUACCCCGGCAAGGGUAAGCUGUUCAUCCGUGGUGACAGCAAGAUCUUCCGUUUCCAGAACGGAAAGUCCGAGUCCCUCUUCCUCCAGCGCAAGAACCCCCGCCGCAUCGCAUGGACUGUUCUCUUCCGUCGCCAGCACCGCAAGGGUAUCUCUGAGGAGGUUGCCAAGAAGCGUACCCGCCGUGUUGUCAAGAACCAGCGUGCCAUCGUUGGUGCUUCCCUCGAUGUGAUCAAGGAGCGCCGCUCCCAGCGCCCCGAGGCCCGUGAGGCCGCUCGCAAGCAGGCCAUCAAGGACGCCAAGGAGAAGAAGGCCGCUUCCGCCGCCACCAAGAAGGCUGAGAAGGCCAAGACUGCUGCCACCAAGGGUGGUGCCCAGCGCAUCCAGAGCAAGCAGGGUGCUAAGGGCUCUGCCCCCAAGGUCGCCGCCAAGUCCCGCUAA